CAUCGGAGUUUUUACUGUGAAGAUCGUCGUCGGCAGCUCUCUAUUUAUCUUUCUAGGUCAAUUUGAGUGUCAAUUACGGUAACAUUGAUUCAACUAUAUAAUUCGCUUUCCAAAUCUCUCUCUCUCUCUCUCUCUACUUUAUUGACGCAUACUCUGUCACGCAUAUGUUGGCCACUCACUCUCCAUUAAUAGCACUGUAAAGGACUAGAAAUCUCAUCUAUUGGAGCUAUUAGCUCUGGAUCGACUUCAUAUUCGUCAUUGCUGAACUUCUACUUCUAGUUUCUGUUGGUUUGCAGGUUUCUUUUAGGGCCUAAAAUGGGUUCUAAGCAUAACUUAACGAAUAACAGAGGCCGAAGUCCUCUGUCUAUAUUCGUUGUGCUUUCUCUAUGUUGUUUCUUCUACUUUCUUGGAUCAUGGCAGAAUGGUGGAUUUGGAAAGCAAGAUAGACAAGUCAUAGAAAUAACAAAGAAUCCAGAUUGCAACAUCAUACCACAAGAUCUCGAUUUCGAACCUCAUCAUAGCAUUCUACACAUCGCCGAAUCAGCUCAGCCAAAAGCCAAAGUUUUCAAGCCUUGCGAUGCUCGAUAUGCUGAUUACACUCCUUGUCAAGAACAGGACCGUGCCAUGACAUUUCCUCGAGACAAUAUGAUAUACAGAGAAAGACAUUGUCCAGCCAACGAAGAGAAGUUGAAAUGUCUAGUUCCAGCACCAAAAGGAUACACAACUCCAUUUUCAUGGCCAAAAAGUAGAGAUUACGUUUAUUAUGCUAACGUUCCUUACAAAAGUUUGACGGUUGAGAAGGCUGUUCAGAACUGGGUUCAGUUUCAGGGAAACGUGUUCAAGUUCCCCGGAGGUGGGACUAUGUUUCCUCAAGGCGCGGAUGCGUAUAUCGAUGAACUGGCUUCGGUUAUCCCCAUUAAGAGCGGUGAAAUAAGAACCGCAUUAGAUACAGGUUGCGGGGUUGCAAGUUGGGGAGCGUAUAUGUUGAAGAGAAACGUGUUGACAAUGUCGUUUGCCCCCAAAGAUAACCACGAGGCGCAGGUUCAAUUUGCUCUCGAGCGGGGUGUGCCAGCUGUUAUUGCUGUAUUGGGAUCCAUAAAACUUCCUUACCCGUCGAGAUCUUUCGAUAUGGCUCAAUGCUCUAGGUGUCUCAUUCCUUGGGCAUCAAAUGAAGGAAUGUAUCUAAUGGAAGUUGAUCGAGUUCUUCGACCUGGUGGAUACUGGGUAUUGUCUGGUCCUCCAAUCAACUGGAAGACAUACUACAAGACGUGGAAACGAACAAAGGAGGACGUUAAGGCCGAGCAGAGCAAAAUCGAAGAGUUGGCCGAGUCUCUUUGUUGGGAAAAGAAGUACGAAAAAGGAGACAUUGCCAUUUGGAGGAAAAAAAUAAACGAUAAAUCAUGUACAAGAAAAUCCACCAACAUUUGUGAAUCAAACGAUGAUGAUGUUUGGAACAAGAAGAUGGAAUCAUGCGUAACACCAUUGCCCGAAGUUGUCGACGAAGAUGAAGUAGCUGGAGGUGAAUUGAAGAAGUUUCCAGAUAGAUUGUACGACGUUCCUCCAAGGAUCGCCAAAGAAUUAGUAGAAGGAGUAACGGUUGAAUCUUACAAAGAGGAUAAUGAAGUAUGGAAGAAACAUGUGAAGGAGUAUAAAAGGAUUAAUAGGUUGAUUGGUAGUACAAGAUAUCAUAAUAUUAUGGAUAUGAAUGCUGGACUUGGCGGUUUUGCUGCUGCAGUUGAUUCCCCGAGACUUUGGGUUAUGAAUGUCGUGCCGACAGUUACUAAGAACACUUUGGGUGUUAUUUAUGAAAGAGGUCUUGUUGGCACAUAUCACGACUGGUGCGAAGGAUUCUCAACAUAUCCAAGAACAUAUGAUCUUAUCCAUGCUAAUGGAUUGUUCAGCUUAUAUGAGAACAAGUGUGAAAUGGAAGACAUACUAUUGGAAAUGGAUAGAAUACUAAGGCCAGAAGGAACAGUUAUAUUUAGAGAUGAAGUCGACGUGUUAAACAAGGCAAAGAAAAUAGCAGAAGGAAUGAGAUGGGAUUUGAAGCUUGUUGAUCAUGAAGAUGGUCCAAUGGUUCCUGAAAAGAUAAUGGUGGCUUAUAAGCAAUAUUGGGUUGCUGGUAAUAACACAUCUUCUGAUUGAUUAAUUAAUUAAUUAAUUAAUUAUUGAAUGAAAGGCAUUUUUAUUUUGGGUUAUAGUUAAAUAUUUAGUAUAAACAACUUAAUUUAUGUAUCAUGGAAUUUUUUUAUUGAACAAAGUUGAGAUUGCCACGUUUUUGUUUACCCUAUAUGGACAAAAGGGUCCAAAGGGAUAUCAUUAUAUGUUUAAUUAUUUACAUUAUUUAUUUGAAUGAGAAUGUCAUUUU